AGACGAGGAGGAGACCGAAUGCCCCAGGAAAAGGGACGGCACUCCGGAAGGAAACUGUUAUUUUACAGCCACUAACUGCUCCUCUGUGUCCCUGAUGUCCUUGUACUCAUGCCGUUCUCCCGAACUGGAAUUCUGCGACGAGGAAACUCACAACUAUGAAGCGCCCACAAAGCAAAACAGAAUAUGCAAGUUGUCCGUCUGGCAGGUCAUGGAGGGCCACCGGGACUUUGCUUCUGGAGCGAACCCCCCAUGGACCCCGCUGCCGCCCAGGACGUCCCGGAGCCUCGCGUGCGGGUGGUUCGCGAGCGGCCGCCGGGGGUGGCGCUGGUCACCGACGUGUCUGGCAGCAUGAAUGAGCACCAUCGCUACAAGAGGCUGCAGCGCGCCAUAACGCGGUGGAUACUUCGCGACGCUCCCGACAACACCUCCCUGGCCAUUAUCAGAUUCUCCGACGAUGUGCAAGUCGUACAGAACCUGACCCAACUGGACAGCGAAGCGACAAGGCGCGCCCUCGCCCAGAGCUUGAAUUGCAGGCCGGCGGGCGGGACAGGCAUCGGCGCGGGGCUCCUGAAGGCCAUUGAG